AUGGCGCUGGUGACGGUGCGGCGGGCGGGGGGCUCCGCCGGGGGCCCCGCGGAGGAAGAUGCUCCCAGACGCGGCCAGCUGCAGCGACGGCAGAGCUUCGUUGUGGUCAAGGGGGCUGCACGGCUCCUGCCUGCUGAGGAGCCCCCCCCGGCCGAGCCCCCCCCGGCCGAGCCCCCCUGCCAGGCCCCGGGACAGCAGGAGCGGCACCUGCACCUCAUGAUGCAGCUGCUGCGCCCCCAGGACGCCAUCCGGCUGGCGGUGCGGCUGGAGUCGGCGCGGCCGCGGCGGGUGCGGUACCUGCUGCUGGUGCGGCCGGAGGAGGCGGGAGCCGAGGCGGAGACGGCGCUGCUGGGAGUGGAUUUCGCCCACGAGGGGGCCAGCCGCUGCACCCUGGGCAUGGUGCUGCCCCUCUGGAGCGACACCCAGGUGUUCCUCGACGGCGACGGGGGGUUCAGUGUGACAUCGGGGGGAGAGACACGCAUCUUCAAGCCCAUCUCUGUGCAGACCAUGUGGGCCGCGCUGCAGGAGCUGCACCGCGCCUGCGAGGACGCGGCCCGCGGCGGGCACAUCCCCGGCGGCCCCGCGCUGGCCUGGGCCCGCGGCUACGCGGCGGCGCUGGGCUCCGAGCAGAGCUGCCUCAACGAGUGGCUGGCCAUGGCCGACCUCGAGUCCGUGCGCCCCGCCUCGCCCACGCCCCUCCGGCCGGCCGUGCCGGAGCUGUCGGAGCAGGCGGUGCGGGCGCUGCUGCGGGAGGUGAUGGCCGCCGCCGACCUGGAGAACGUCACCUCCAAGGAGGUGCGGGAGGAGCUGGAGCGGCGCACGGGGCACAGCCUGGCCGAGCACAAGGACUUCAUUGACAACGAGAUGCUGCUGGUGCUGGCACAGAUGGAUCGGCCUUCCCGCGUCUUCCCGCACCUCUUCCUGGGUUCCGAGUGGAACGCAGCCAACCUGGAGGAGCUGCAGCAGAAUAGGGUCACCCACAUCCUGAACGUGGCACGGGAGAUUGACAACUUCUUCCCGGCGCUGUUCACGUACAUGAACGUGCGGGUGUACGACGAGGAGGCGGCCGAGCUCCUGCCCCACUGGAAUGACACCUUCCUCUUCCUCUCCCGCGUCCGGGCGGCGGGAGGCCGGGCGCUGGUGCACUGCCGCAUGGGGCUGAGCCGCUCGGCCGCCACGGUGCUGGCCUACGCCAUGAAGGAGUUCGGGUGGCCCCUGGAGCGGGCGCUGCGGCACGUCCGGCACUGCCGGCCCGGCGUCCUGCCCAACCCUGGCUUCAUGCGCCAGCUCGACUUCUACCAGGGCAUCCUGAGCGCCAGCCGGCACAGCAGCCUGUGGGAGCCACGGGCGCACCCCGAGGAGGACACCGCGAGGGAGGACACGAGUGGCCUGUCCCCACUGUCCUCCCCACUGGCGUCCCCACAGCCCUCCGAGGAGGAGGCAGCUGGAGCCGGGCUGCUGGGGGCCUCCCGGCGCCCCCGCAUCUCCCUGUGCUCUGUCAUGCGGAGCAUCAGCCUGCUGGAGCCCCCCGAGCCCCUCGAGCUGCUGGGGGAGCCCCUGGCCGGGGAGGUGUUUGAGGCCACGCAGGAAGCAGAGGGUCCCUCCCCGAGGUCACGACCCUCGUCCCGCCCGCGCCGCGUGGUGCGCCAGGCCAGCAUGGAUGGUGACCCCGCCCCGUUUUGCGACCACACCCAUAGUGAUGACCACACCCAGGGCCACACCCAUGCACCUGGCCACGCCCACACGGAUGAACCCGCGCCUUAAUUUGGGGGGCAUGGGUCAGCACCUUCUCACUGCCAUAGCAACAAGGGGUGGGCGUGGCCUACGUAUGUGGGCGCGACCAGCGAGCCGGCACGCCCACGCCCUGCCCGCACCCAGGGGCUGGGACGUGCUUCUGCCCCAGCCCCACACAAACACCGACACUGCUCCUGCA